AGCGCGUGCUGCUGGGAGUUGUUUGGAGGUUGGCGGUGCGGGGCUGACGGUCCUCAGGCAGGGUGAUUAUGUCGCACAAGCAGAUUUACUAUUCGGACAAAUACGACGACGAGGAGUUCGAGUACCGGCAUGUGAUGUUGCCCAAGGACAUAGCCAAGCUGGUCCCUAAAACCCAUUUGAUGUCUGAAUCUGAAUGGAGGAAUCUUGGCGUUCAGCAGAGUCAGGGAUGGGUCCAUUAUAUGAUCCAUGAACCAGAACCUCACAUCUUGCUGUUCCGGCGGCCACUGCCCAAGAAGCCAAAGAAAUGAAGCUGGGGAGCCACUUUUCAGCCUCAUGCUUUAUACAGCUGUCCUCAUUUGCUAACAUCUUUCUGAUGACAUUAUUAUGUUGCCUUCCUGUUUCUCACUUUGAUAUUUAAAGGAUGUUCAGUACACUGUUUGAACGUGUUGGAGACUGCUUUGCUUCUUGAGCAGAACCAACAGGACCAUGGCCCAGCCGGACAACUGCUCUUUGGGUUGCAGCCUCAGCUAAGUGUGACCCCCAAAACCAAUGUGAGCUCUAUAUCCAGCAGAACACACUUGGCAGAUGGAGGAAGCAUCUAAGAAUAAGACCGUGGCUGUUACAGGGAUUGUGUAAACUUCCUGUUUUUUUUUUCUGCCAGGUGUUGUAUGUAUGGUGAUUUAUGUUUCAAUGUGUUGGAAACUUUCCAUUUUAUUCAAGAAAUCUGUUCCAUGUUAAAAAGCCUUGAUUAAAGAGGAAGUUUUUAUAAUCUAA